AUGCAAAUGUUGAUGACGGAUGUAGACUUGGGUGAUAGGACACCAUCUCAAUACCUACGUCAUUUGAGGACUUUAGUCGGGAAUUCAAUGACCGAUAACGCAGUUAAAGCAAUAUGGUUAUUCAGACUACCGGUGGAAAUUCAAUCAUUUUUGGAGGUAGCUUCUGUAACACAGUCAAUACAAGAGGUAGGUGAACUAGCUGACCGCUUAUACAUUAACCAUUUACAGCAACGUGUAGCUGUGAUUACAGAUUCGCAAACCUCUGAGAAUGAAACAAAGAAUGCUGAACUGUGUCAAAUGCGUCAAGUUAUCGAAGCUAUUUCAAAGCGUUUAGAUAAGAUCCAAAUGUAUCAGAAGAAGAAAGUGUCAUUUAGAAGACGACAAGAUAACUUAUGUUGGUUUCAUAAACGCUACGGAAGUCAGAAGGUGUAA